CCAGUAUAUAUAUAUAGACAUAUAAUCAUUAUUACACCACAAUCAUUGAAAAGAAAAAAAUAUUAAACAAAAAUAUUGAUCAUGGCGAAAUUAUCAUGUUCUUACUUUCUUGUACUCAUGAUUGUAUUUUCAAUGUGUUUAAUGGUUGAAAGAGCUGAGGGAAAACUAUGUGAAAUAACCAUUGACAAAGAACGGUAUUGUCCACUAUCCUCUUGUGUUGAAGACUGCUACGCGCUUUAUAAUGGUGUUGCACAUUGUUUGGACGAUCCUAACGUUCCCGGACCUUCUAACUGUCGUUGUACAUAUAAUUGUUAAAGGAAUGACAUUUUGAGAAGAUGUGAUAAUUAUAUUAAAUAAAUGUAAAGUUUCUUUAAUAAAAAUAAACAUUAUGAAGAAAA